AUGCAUAGUCUCAACUGCAACAUGAAACUGAUAAUCACAUUACUUUUGGCAAACGUGCUCGUUGCUUAUGCACUUACCGAUAAGGAGGAAUGGGUCAAUUUCAAAUCUACGAACAAAAAAGCGUACAAAACCGCUUUAGAAGAAACGAAACGAUUUUCGAUUUUUCAAUCGAACUUACGCAGAAUCGAAGCACAUAAUGCAAAAGAAGAGCAAGGCCUUUCAUCAUACAGAAUGGGAGUUACUCCAUUUGCUGAUCUUACACCUCAAGAAUUCACAGAUAUGAUGAAAUUAUCUAAGAUUGAACGGAUGGAAGAUCAAGAAAUCACCCGUACUAAAUUGGAUUACGAAGGCGAACUCCCCGAAUAAAUUGACUGGAGAAAAAAGGGGGCUGUAUCAGAGGUCAAAAAUCAAAUGCACUGCGGAUCAUGUUGGAGCUUCAGUACUACUGGAACAGUUGAAGGAGCAAAUUUUAGAAAAACUGGCAAAUUGGUUUCUCUAAGCGAACAAAAUUUGGUAGAUUGUGACAAACUAGAUCAUGGAUGUUUAGGAGGAUUACCGAUGAACGCAUAUAAAUACAUUGAAGAAAACGGAAUUAUGACCGAAAAGGAUUAUCCUUAUGUAGCUGCAAAUGGCGUGUGUAAAUUUAACCAAUCUAAAGUAGCUGUAAAAAUUACAUCAUUCAUAAGAGUAGCAGAAGGUGAUGAAGAAGAUCUAAAAGAAAAAGUCGCAUUGCUUGGACCUGUAUCCAUUGGAAUUGAUUCAACUUGGAUGUUCCAAUUGUAUAAAUCAGGAUUAUUUGAUGACGAUUUAUGUCAAAAUAAUAAUGACUCAUUGCAUCAUGGUGUUUUGGUUGUUGGAUAUGGCAGUGAAAACGGAAAAGAUUACUGGAUUGUUAAAAAUUCAUACGGAAUCGAAUGGGGAAUGGAUGGUUACAUUUUGAUGUCAAGAAACAAGAACAAUCAAUGUGGUGUUGCCACAUUCGGGACUGUAGCAACAAUAUAGAAAUAGAAAUGUAUUUUACCAGUUCAAACUAUUUCGUUAAAUGUUAGUAACUCGAUUGUUAAAUAUAAUAUAAUGGCUAUAUUAUAAAAAAUGGCGUUAAAUAGUCUGGCUUUAGACUCCUCCAAAUUGCUCUGGACACUUUCAAUCGGUUCUGGACAGUUCCAAACGACUUUGGACAUUUCCAA